AUUUUUUCUACGGAUAAGUAACGUAUAAGGAUAAUACAUACCCACUUGUUGCGACAAAUCGAAAAUAGUACCAUGGCGAUCAAAAUUAUGCUCUGGAUCCCAUUUAUAAUUACAAUUUGCACCGCUCAUUAUACAUCCGGUUUUAAUUUCGAACGCGAUGAAAAUAUGCAAGCAAUUCAUGACAUAUCACUCGGAAUUAAUCGAUUCACUGUUGAGUUACAUAAGAUUAUUUCAAGGAAUGUAAAAAGUUUCGUCAUAUCACCAUUGAGCGUAGCCCUAGUACUCAUGAUGGCAGCUUGUGGUGCGGAUGGUGAAAAUGCUGAAGAAAUGAAGUCUGUACUACAUUUUGAUUCUGAUAAUUCCGUUCAUCGAACGGGCAUACAUUCCAUGCUCGAAAUGUUUAAUGCCAUUCAAACAUCAGAAGUUAAAAUGGCAAAUAGAAUGUAUAUCAAAAAAGGAAUAAAAAUAUACCCUGACUAUGUAAACUUAAUUAAGACGACUUUUAAUUCCUCGAUUGAGAAUGUUGAAUUCGAAAAUUGUGCUGAAACGGCUCAAGCAAUCAAUCAAUGGUGUGCAGAACAAACUCACCAACGUAUUGAAAAAAUUAUCGACCCCAAUGAUAUUGAUCAGGAAACUAUGCUAAUCCUUGUAAAUGCAGUGUACUUCAAAGCACUAUGGAGUUCAGCUUUUGAAAAAUCAGAUACAAAUUUAAAAACUUUCCAUCUCAAUAAAUUUGAAACCAAAGAAGUACCAAUGAUGUGGCAGUCUAUUGAAACAUCUUAUGGAGUUCUUUCUGAAUCCAAUGCAACUUUUGUUCGGUUACGUUUCAAGAGUAAUUAUGUGUAUGAAUACCUGAACAUGAUUGUUAUGUUGCCAAACGAAAUUGAUGGACUUGACAUUAUUGAAAAUAAUCUUCACAAAUUGGAACCAAGUGCUGUCAAAGGCACACGAUGUCUAGUAAGAUUAUUCUUACCAAAAUUCAAAAUGGAAAACAAAUUCGAUUUGACAGUACCACUCAACCAAAUGGGAAUGGUUACUCCAUUUCAAGACAAUGCUAACUUUUCUAGAAUGAGCAAAAAACCUCUUGAAAUGAAAAUAGCUAAAAUUGUUCAAAAAACGAUUUUUGAAGUAAAUGAAAAAGGUGUUGAAGCAGUUGCUGCUACACAAGCUACUUUAAACUUCAGAUUUGGUAAAGGAUAUAACCCGUACUUAAAAAAAGUUGAUUUUGUUGUUAAUCGACCAUUCAUGUAUUUGAUUACAAACAAAAAUACUAUUCUAUUUUCCGGAAAGGUUACUGAUCCUGAUUAUUGAUAUACAUAAUAAAUAAUUAAUCAUAAAUAUGACUUAUAAUAGUUAAUAAAUACAGUCCAUUUUCAUGGAGUUUUUAAUAUAGAAAGAUAGUGGUUAUUAAUCUUAGUAAAUAGAAGGAUCCUUUGAGACAUAAA